AUGAACUCUUCACCGACCAGGGCGGGCCGCACGCGCUCCAACACGGCCUCGCAGCGCCUUGCGCGGGGCUUGAUCCCCUCACAUCCACCAGAGAAGGCAGCGGACGAAAAGCGAAAGAAACGACCUCUCAGCUUAAGCUUGUCGCUUUCAACACACUCGUCACUGUCGACAAGUACGAGCCCACCAAGCCCUAAACGCGCUAGCUUUGGCGCCGCACCUCGACAUAUCCUUGGUCGGUUGGCUCGUGCUCGGCGGCUGGUACUGGUCCCGCUCCUCGUCGUCUCCCUCCUGUAUUUCUACCUCUACAUCUACGAAUGGCACCAGCCAUACGACUACGACCCAUCAUACCUCAGCUCCUACGACUACGUCGCAUCGUUCUUUCGGCGUCCCGAACCGCCAUGCGCCUUCAUCUCGACGGUAGACGCGUUCGCGCGCGAUCUCGCUCGUAUGCGUGAAGAGAUCGGCGAUGUACCUCUAUCACACACGCAGGCCCGCUCAAAAGGACACACGUUCUCCGAUACGGGCCACCUCCUACUCUCGAAUAACCCGAAUGCGCCACAUCCCAUCCCGACGCUACUCACCCUCGGCGAGGAGAAGUGGGCGUCUCUCCUCGCCGCGCAGAGCCAGACUCUACUCGAAGCUGUGGACGAGUAUCAGCGCCGCUACGGCCGCGCUCCACCACGAGGCUUUGACAAGUGGUGGGACUUUGCGCGGGCUCACGACGUCGUACUGCCUGACGAGUACGAUGGGAUCCACUGGGACCUGGCGCCGUUCUGGGCUCUCCCGAAAGACGAACUGCGGAGGAGACUAAAGGCCGUCGAGGUGAUGGAUGACGUGUUUGUCCUCGAACUCCGGAACGGGACUGUGUUUGUCGAUAUCGAGGAAAGUGGACUCCAGUGGAACGGUACCGAAAGCCGAGCGCGCCAGACAACCGAGAUGCUCGCCAGCAUAGCGGAAUACCUCCCAGACCUGCGCGCGACCUUUAGUAUCUUUGACCAGCCGCAGAUCUACCUCUCCUGGGCACGGCGCGACUCGCUCGUCUCCCUCGGCCAACAGGGAAAACGUACGAGCCACCUCGAAGAGGUUGACGAUGGCUAUGUGCGGCUCACGCGCAGCUGUGCACCCGACUCUGCAUUCCGCACGACGCCGAAUGCUACAUCUGGCAGGUCGCUGAUAUAUGACCACACUGCUGCCAGCGACAUCUGCGCCAAUCCCUACCUCGCGCCCCUCCACGGGCUGACAAUAGAGCCACACGAACCGGACUCCUAUCCCCGUCCCCACACACAGGUCUUACCCCUCUUCUCCCUUGCCAAGACCAGCCUCAACUCAGACAUCCUCAUCACGCCACUCGACCAGUUCGCGCGUCCCAAAAAAGACUGGGCAUGGGAGAACAAGCGCGACCCGCGCCUGUAUUGGCGUGGCUCGCCGACCGGCAUCUCGAUGAUGCACAAGGGUGUCCCAUGGCGCGACUCGCACCGCUGGCGGCUGCACCUCUUCGCCAACAACGCGACGGGAGAGCGCGACGUGCUGGUUCCUCGGCUUACUGCUGGGUCCAGUGUCGGGUUACACACGGAGCGCAUGGACGCGAUCGCCAGGUCCAAGUGGUUCUUCAACAUGAAGCUGGCUGGCGAGCCAAUACAGUGCGACCAGGCCGACGGGACGUGCGAUGAGAUGCAGGAGGAAAUCUCAUGGGCCAAGUUUGAUCCUCCGGCGGCUGCACGCGCAUCAAAGUUCCUCCUCGACAUUGAUGGGAACGGGUGGAGCGCGCGCUUUCGGCGUCUCAUGGCCAGCAACGCGGUCGUGAUCAAGACGGGGAUCUUCACCGAGUGGUUUGCGCCCCAUCUCGUCCCGUGGUUCCACUACGUACCGUCCAAGCUCGAUUUUUCCGACCUCGACACAAUCAUGGCCUUUUUCACGGGCACGCCGGGCCAGCGACUCGCGUUUGACGAGACGGCGCGCGCGUUAGGCCAUAAUGGCAAGUGUUUCGUCCAGCGCAUGUUCCGCUACGCCGACAUGCAGGCGUACAUGCUCCGCCUCUUUCUCGAGUAUGCGCGGGUGAUCGCCCCCGAUGGUGUGGACAUGGACUUGCACUUGCAUCUCUCAGAUCAAGCGGGAGAUGGGGAUGCCGACAUGGACACUCCGGAGAAGCGAUCGAGAGCAUAG